AUGUCGACCGACCAAGGCAGUCUGCCUUACGUGCCUCUGGUCGAGUACAACGGCACAGCCGACAGCACCGGGGGAGACUCAUUGACGCAAGACCUAAACGUCUUCUACAAUGCCGGAGACAUCGCAUGGAUGCUUACGGCCACCGCACUUGUCUGCUUGAUGGUGCCUGGCGUUGGUUUCUUCUACUCGGGACUGGCUCGCAGAAAAUCCGCACUGUCGCUGAUAUGGCUAUCUGUCAUGUCAACAGCUGUAGUCAGCUUUCAAUGGUUCUUCUGGGGCUACUCGCUGGCAUUCUCGCAUACGGCAACGAAUGGCUUCAUUGGAGAUCUUGACUCGUUCGGCUUGAAAGGCGUACUCGGUGCACCUAGCCUUGGCAGUGCGAAGAUACCGGAUUUGAUGUAUGCUGUCUACCAAGGCAUGUUCGCUUGCAUGACAAUGGCACUUCUCACAGGCGCCGUGUCAGAACGAGGUAAACUCCUCCCCUGCGUGAUCUUCAUGUUCAUCUGGACCACCAUCGUCUACGACCCGAUCGCCUGCUGGACCUGGAACCCAAAUGGCUGGUCCUACAAACUCGGCGGCCUCGACCUCGCAGGUGGCACGCCAGUACACAUCGCAUCCGGCACCGCGGCUCUAGCAUACAGCUACAUGCUUGGUCCACGCACUGGACACGGCACACCAGCUCUGAACUACCGUCCACACAACGUCACGCACAUCGUUAUUGGUACUGUCUUCCUCUGGGUUGGCUGGUUCGGCUUCAACGCCGGAUCUGCUCUCGGUGCAAACCUCCGAGCGAUAAUGGCGGCGGUGGUGACCAACCUGGCCGCAGGCGUCGGUGGUAUCACAUGGUGCCUCGUCGACUACCGCCUCGAAGCGAAAUGGUCCACAGUCGGCUUCUGCUCCGGUGUCAUCUCAGGUCUUGUCUGCAUCACUCCAGGCUCAGGAUAUGUGCCCGCGUGGGCUGCUGUAAUUUACGGCAUCUGCGCGGGUAUCGGCUGCAACUUCGCCACGCAGCUCAAAUUCUGGAUGAACGCCGACGAUGCUCUAGACAUCUUCGCCGUACAUGGUGUGGGUGGCUUCAUCGGCAAUCUCCUCACGGGCAUAUUCGCAGCCGACUGGAUCGCACAUCUCGACGGCUUCACGGAAAUCCAAGGCGGCUGGCUCAACCGCCACUGGAUCCAGCUCGCGAUCCAACUCGCCGAUAGCGUUACUGGAAUGGUAUACAGCUUCACCAUGACGAUCGCCAUCCUCUUUCUCAUGAACCUUCUUGGACGGAAGAUUCCCGCCCUACGAUUACGAGCUUCAGCUGAGGAGGAACUGGCCGGCAUCGACGAUGUGGAGAUCGGAGAGUUCGCUUACGACUAUGUUGAGCUCACAAGAGAUGUGCGGCCGGCGGACGCGCUCGAGGGCGUCAAUGAUGGGUACGCGACGGACGAUGCGAGAAGUACGAGGAGCUCACUGGUGUUUGGCAGAGCGCAGUAUGUGCGGUCGGAGCGGAGGGAGAAGAACGAUAUUCCGAUGCGGGAGUUUGAGAGGUCGGAGGUGCAGACGGGGUAUGCCAUGUGA